GAACAAAACCACACGCGCUUAAGAAAGUUCCGAGGAAGGAAGCAAAGUUGUAAUUUUUCUAAUAUGGCGUUUGGAAGUCCGACCUAUUAGGUUCAGGAUUCGAAGAGUAGGAGGGGAGAAAGAGGAAUGUCGAAUCGGGCAUUCACGGAGGUCUCAGGAGCUACACCCCCACCAAAACCUUGGGAACGAGCUGGCUCCUCUUCAGGUCCAGCCCCAUUCAAGCCUCCAUCUCCUGGCAGUACAAGCGACAUUGUUGAAGCUUCUGGGACUGCAAAGCCUGGAGAGGUGGUUUCUAAUACUGGGAAUACAACCGCUAACAAUAGCGUAAUUGCGAGGUCUCUACCUACUAGACCUUGGGAUCAAAACUAUGGAAAUAGCUAUGGAGGCUAUGGGUCAAAUAUGAACUACAAUACAGGAUAUGGUUCUAGCAUGUAUGGUGGAUCAUAUGGUGGAUUAGGUGGUUCUUAUGGAGGUGGUCUUUAUGGAAAUAGCAUGUAUAAUAGAGGGGGCUAUGGAGGUUUUAAUGGAGGAUCUAGCAUGUAUGGUGGCAUGUACAACAGUAAUUUUGGAGGGCCAAUGGGUGGUUAUGGCAUGGGUGGCCCUUAUGGGAAUCAAGAUCCAAAUAAUCCAUAUGGGCCAACAUCAUCUCCACCAGGUUUCUGGAUGUCCUUUCUCCGUGUGAUGCAAGGUGUGGUGAAUUUUUUUGGACGGAUUUCAAUUCUAAUCGAUCAGAAUACUCAAGCUUUUCACAUGUUUAUGUCGGCUCUUCUUCAGCUUUUUGAUCGCUCAGGCAUGUUAUAUGGUGAGCUUGCAAGGUUUGUUUUAAGGUUACUAGGAAUCAGGACAAAACCAAAGAAGCUUCCACAAGCUGGAGCUGGUCAGCUCCCAGGUGCUGAAGGGCCGGAGCAGCGUUUGCUGGAGGGGCCAAAAGCAGCACCUGGACAGUCAUGGGACAGUGUUUGGGGAGCAGCAGAUGCUCCUAAAGGUGCCAGCUGAUCAAUAUUCACUUAGAGGUAUGAUUAAAAGAGGAAAAGAAAUUGUUAUCGUUAAAUAACAUAAAAUGUCAUAAUAAGACUUUGUUAUGGCUUAUUUAUUUGUUUUGCUUGUAUAUGCUGAAAGCUUUUUGAGCAAUGCGUUAAGUAUGAAUUAGGAGACUCAUGUAUUUUUUGAUGGGCUGUGUAGUGCUUUCUUCUAUGUCUGAUAAUUCUAUGUAUAGUUCAUGCAAAUGAUGCCGUGAACCUCCCUUCAUAUUUGUAAUUUGUUUUCUUAUC